GUUAUCUGUCAUGGCCGACUUGUUGAAGUUCCUGCCAGGCUGGCCAGAUUUUUGAGGAAUAUGUCACAGUUAGGAUUAAUUCUUUGAAGUGUUAUUCACAUUUAGUUGCAAAAAAAAUACAGAGUGUGUAUAUAUUGUUGACUCGAUCCAACACAAAAUCUAUGAUCAACAGGCGUCUUGCAAACUAGGCAAACCGGUAGAUUCUUCGGUGGAACAAGGAACGCCAUCGCAUUUGAUGUAGUCUAUAUGUCUCUGUCAUUCAUCUAAGAAUCAGAAGGACAGAUAAGACACCAGAAUGUUUGCAAAGUUGAAGAAAAAGAUCAAGGAUGAAAGCGGAAGUGUUGUGGACGGAGAUAAAACCUUCCUGCCACCACCCUUUCCAGGACAUGCCAGUCCAAUAAGGCGAAGUUCAUCCACGGCGACCUUGACCCAGAGUUUCAACAGGGAUCCCUUCAUGUCCGGAGACUCUGGAAUGAGUGGAGCUGCAUCCCCUGCCAGUCAGUCCAGCGAAGACUGUCCGAUGCCAGACUCGUCACGGGAGGAGGUGGUGAUGAUGCUGUUGAAGCGGACGGAGCAGUGCAAGAAGAUGGAGUCUAAGAUCAGUGAGUAUGCAGCCCUCAUUAAGGAGAAGAACAAGGCCAUCGACCGGCUGGAGACUGAAGCGGAGAAACAGCAGGAAGUGACCAAUCAGAAGCUAGAUGAGCAGAGCCAGGAACUUAAGGCCAAGUUUGCUGAGUUUGUUGAGGCCCACAAAAAGGAGCUGGCCGAGAAAGACGAGGAAAUGAAAGAAAAAAUUAAUGCCUUAAAUAAGAGGAACACAGAGCUGGCAGCCAACCUUAAGCAAGAGGAAGAUUACAAACACCGGCUGUUUCAGCGGGAGGAAGAACAGGAUGAGGUGCAAGGUCUCACCACCCAGGAACUGGCCAAAGUCAAACACAUGCUGCUGAUCACGCAGGAGGAUUUGUCCCAGUGUCGAGGCGAACUGACGUCAAUCACAGACAAACAUCGAGAAACGGAGAAAUCUCUCAAUGAAGCUCAGAAUCAACUCACAAACCUUAAAACUAAAAUGGAGGAUCUGGAGAAAGAGAAUACUCGUCUGACGGAAGUCAAUGAGCAGCACAUGAAUGUGGUUGGUGUCAUGACGACGGAGAAGGCCGUGUUUCAGAAGCGUCUGGAUGAAGUGAACUCACAACUAACUGCGAAAAUUAACCAGAUGUCAAAACUGACUGCAGAAUAUUCCGAGCAGGAGAACGAGCACAAGGCUUUGCAAAGGAGCUCAGAAGUCCAUAAGAACAAGACCAGCAAGCUUAUCUCUGAGAAGGAUGACCACAUUGAACAGCUACAGGAACGCAUCAAGAUGCUGGAACAGCGGUCACAUGACCACACACUGUCGGGGGACGACAGGGUCAAGGCCAUUGAAGUAGAGCGUGACAGUUUGGAGCACAAGCUGACCGAGAGUCGUCAACAGCUGACCGACAUCAAGUCAACGUGGAGUGACAAGAUCACACAUCUGGAGGAACAGAUUUCUCACCUCAACGUUAAAAUAGUUGAGGAUAAUGAGGAGAUGGCCAAUCUACAACAUGACUGUGAAAACAUGCAAGAAAACUUUCAUAAACAGAUAGAGGAGCUGCAACACAGUGUGGAGGAUGCAGAGAAGCGGGCCUUUGAGAGCUGGGAGCUGGCCAGUCAGAAGGACAGGCAGUACGAGAAGCAGAAGCAUGAGCUUGAGGUGGAGCUCCAGAAGGCAAGGCUGAAUGCAAUUGACAGCGAGUCCGGACUCCGGGCCAAGAUCACCGCCCUGGAGACCCAGCUGAUGGAGAUGGAGACAGCCAGAGACCAUAUGAAGAAUGAAGCUGACCAGAAAAUAGCUCAGCUGGAGGCGAGGGAGCAGGAGGUUCUGGAGGAACACAUGAAGCUGGAGAAGCAGCUGAAGACACUGGAGGUGGACCACAGCAGGAUACAGACGGAGUACGCCGACAAGAUGGAGGAGAGUUCAAGGCUGCAGACAUCCAUGGAGGACAAACGUCAGAGUGAGACCACGCUCCUGGAGAAGGUGUCUGGUCUGGAGGUGGAGGUGCAGUCAGUGACGGAAACACUGGAGAACCUGAAGAGGAACCUCAAGUCAGGGCAGGCAGAACUGAAGGAGAGUAAUAAGGAGAAGGAUGAGCUGUUGGUGCGCAACGCAGAACUAUCACAACAGCUAGAAAGCAGGAGACAGCAGGCAGCUGAGAAGGAGCUCCACCUGGUGGCAGAAAUCCGAGAGAAAGGGGAGACAAUCACAUCCUUGCAGCAGACUGUCAGUCAGCUUGAGGAGAAAGUAGCACAGUAUCACAAACAGUGUACAGAUUAUGAGACAAAGAAGUCUGAAGACCAGGUCACCACGGCAACAGUGGGCGGGCUACAGACGGAGAUUACCGAUCUGCAGAAUCAGCUCACAGACAAGAACAGGGCCCUGAAGAAGCAGGAACAGACUCUAAAGGACCUGAGGAUCACCCUGCAGCGGGAACUCAAGGUCCAGGCUCUCCCGAACGACGACUCCUCCGAGCUGGUCGACUCGCACUCACCCCUGCCAAAUAGAAAGUUUGACUCUAACAGACGCUUCCAAGCAGACAUGUUGUUAGCUGGCUUGGGGUCAGGGUCAAGGGGUCAGAGUCACGUGCAGAUGGCGGCGUCAGGGAUUCUCAAUGAGGAUGAUGCCAAGCUCCGGAGCGGGACAGUGGGGAUCCGGCAGGAGCUGGACAAAGAUGUCAACUUUCAGUAUCUCAAACACGUCAUCCUGAAGUUCAUGCUGAGUCGGGAGUCUGAGGCAAUGAAGCUGGUGAAGGCUAUCGCCAUGUUGUUACACUUCAGUCGCGAUGAGCAGGAACUCAUCAAACAAACUCUCGAAUACAAAAUGUCAUGGUUUGGGUCCAGGCCGUCUCUAGGCAAAGGUCAAACAUCCAAGGUCAUCCCUCCAUCAUACUGACAUUUGUCAGCCUCGGUCAUCUUGAUUUGAACUCGCCGUCAUCCUACCUAGUGACUUUGAUGGGAGAAGUGGUUGUGUCAUUGGGGAGAAUUCAUGUUCAGACAUUGUUUGAAAGUAUGACCGACAUGAUAUAAAUGAUAUUGAAGUAUGACUGUCAUGAUAUGAGUGAUAUUGAAGUAUGACUGUCAUGAUAUGAAUGAUAUUGAAGUAUGACCAACAUGAUAUGAAUGAUAUUAAAGUAUGACUGGCGUGAUAUGAAUGAUAUUAAAGUAUGACCGGCGUGAUAUGAAUGAUAUGAGAGUAUGACUGAUGUGACCAUGACUGUGAGUCAUGUCACAUUAUUGUUAUCUACAUGUGUUGGGGGAUGAAUGUGUAAUUAUAUACUGUGAUAAACAUUAUUUAUUCCA